CAUUGACAGACAUGGCUGCUUCCAUUGAGAGUCUACUGGAGGAAAUCUCCGGUGUUGAAGACCCACUUGAAGAGCUACAGAGUUUAAAAACAGCUUUAUUAUCGAUACCUGUCAGCGCAUUGAGAGACUCAGUGAGCGGGCAGCGAUUCGACGUGAUAUUCUCCCUGUUAAACUCAAAUCAGAGGGCGCAGGUGGAGCUGUGUGUGGACAUCCUUGAACGCAUUUUAAUGGCCCUCAGCCCUGAGCACCUGGCCCAGAACUACAGAGUGGAGCUGCAAGCUGGUCUGAACCAUCCUAAUGAAACUGUUAUGAUACUGGCCUUGACACAGAUUGGCAGAAUGGUGGAGCACCCCAAUGCUGUCACUGAAAUCCUCAACAACCACGACAUUCUUCGAGCGGUGAUCCAGUGCAUCGCAGCGGAGAAAAUGGCUGUGGCCAAACAGGCCAUUCAGUCCCUGUCUAAACUGAGUCACUCCAAGCCUGGAUUAGACAAAUUGUUCCAGAGCGACUUGCUGAAAGCCAUGAAGGAUGUGAUGGCCACAAGUGACAUUGUCAGAUACAGAAUAUAUGAGCUGGUGGUGGAAAUCUCGUCUGUUUCCCCCAUUUCUCUCGGUUACUGUGCCAACAGCAGCCUCAUUUCUCAGCUCAUCGGUGAACUCACAGGUGAUGACGUUUUGACCAGGGCCACAGCUAUAGAGAUGGUGACUUCUCUAGCCCACAGUCAGCAUGGCCGGCAGUAUUUGUCCCAGCAGGGUAUCAUGGACAAGAUCUCCAACAUGAUCAGAGGAGCAGAGACGGACCCUUUCUCCUCCCUCUACCUGCCUGGUUUAGUGAAGUUCUUCGGGAACCUGGCCAUUAUGGACAGCCCACAGCAGGUUUGUGAAACGUACCCAGCCUUCCAGAACAAGGUGUUUGAGAUGGCUCUGGACCCGGACCCUGUGAUGAUUGGGGUGGCUCUGGACACUUUGGGCUUACUUGGAUCUACUGUGGAGGGAAAGCAGGUCCUGCAGAAAACAGGAGAAAAGUUCAAGGCCGUGUUGUCAAGAAUGAGCCAACUCGCCAGCUCUGGAGCUACGGAGCUCAGAGUGCGCAGCUUGGAUGCCAUAUCACAGCUUCUCGGUCUAGAGUCAGAGCAGCAGACAGAAGAUCUUUUGGCCCUGACAGAGUCCUGGUUCCACGUUUUGUCUAAACAGCCCAUGGACAUGAUUCGUAACAUCAGCACUCAGCCGUUCCCAGAGCUGCAUUGUGGGGCUCUGCGGAUAUUCACUGCCAUUGCCACUCAGCCAUGGGGUCAGAAGUUAAUGAUCAGAAAUCCCGGAUUCAUGGAGUUCAUUUUGGAUCGUUCAACGGGUCAGACUAAGGAGGCCAAAGAUGCUAAGUUUGAACUGGUGGGGUCACUUUUGUCUUCAUCAACAUCUGCCGAGAUACUGGGCAGCCAGAAUUACAUCCGUCUGAAAACUUACCUCAGAGAGGGACCUUACUAUGUUUCAGCCGUGGCCUCAGUCAGCACAGAAGGAGCAGACUGAUUCAAACGCACUCAGAUACACUUCAUGGGUUUCUAGGUAAUUCUUAAGUAACGGGUAAGUGCCGAACUAAUCUUAAGUGUGGGUUAAUAUAUUAUGCUCUGCUAUAAUAAACUCAUUCUCUGGUAAAUACAAAAAACCUUUUAACAAAAAAGGACAUGGUGUUAACUUGCUCAGUUGAUUUAAACUUCCUCACCUUUUCAGCAUAAAUCAACGUAUUAUCUUAUGAAUGUUCAACAGUAAACAACUCAACUGCAUCAAGAAACAUUUAACUUGUAAAGGAAGCUUGAAGUACUUUGGAAGUACUGUGUCUCAGUUUGAGUUUAGAGAUUGUAACUUUUGUCACACAAAACCUGUGAUACAAACGUGGGGGGGUGAAGUUUGGAGGAUUUAGGCAGUUCAACAGCAGGGAGGUUCUAAUGAAAGAUGCCAUUGAGCUGCAUUUUGGAAAAUGUUGAAUCAAGUGUUUUUGUAGUUUGACACAGAGACUAAAAGCGAGGAUAUCCCGAAUUGUGAUGCUUGAUUUUGACUAUUAAAAAAAAAUCUGUCUCUUGA